CAACACCUAGCAAGCUAGGCUUAGACUAGCUGUGCAAAAGUUAUGUCUGUCUCUCGUGUGGUUAGAGGAAGACAGUCGUGGAAAAAUGCUCGUUGUUGUUUUGUUUUUUUUCCUCCCAGGUUUCUCCGCCAUGAACAGUAGAAAGUAGCCCCAUGUCCAGAGGGCCGGCGCUGGUUCACAGUCUACCGCGAGACGGGGGGUUCGAGUGCUAAAGCUAAUUAGCGUCGGCUAGCUAGCGUCGGCAGCUAAGGGGCCAGCCUGCUAAUCAAGUGACUAGCUGACGCUAGCUAGCGAUGUCUCUGACGUUGCCGUCCGCCGACAUGCUCGACACGCCGCCCGGAUACCCCUUCGAAGAAAUCGAUUAUGUGGACAUCGACGUCGAGGAGGUCGUGGGGCGAGGUGCCUUCGGUGUCGUCUGCAAAGCCAAAUGGAAAGGCAAGGAUGUUGCGAUCAAGACCAUUGAGAGUGAAUCGGAAAGGAAAGCCUUUAUUGUCGAGCUUCGACAGCUUUCCCGUGUGAAUCACCCCAACAUCGUGAAGUUGUAUGGCUCAUGCAAUAAUCCAGUCUGUUUGGUGAUGGAAUAUGCUGAAGGCGGAUCACUUUACAAUGUGCUGCAUGGUGCCGAACCCCUCCCCUAUUACACUGCCUCCCAUGCCAUGAGCUGGUGUUUACAGUGCUCCCAGGGCGUGGCCUAUCUCCAUGGCAUGAAACCAAAGGCUCUCAUUCACAGGGACCUCAAGCCACCCAAUCUACUUCUAGUGGCAGGCGGCACUGUGCUGAAGAUAUGCGACUUUGGAACAGCCUGUGACAUUCAGACCCACAUGACCAACAACAAGGGAAGUGCUGCAUGGAUGGCUCCAGAGGUAUUUGAAGGCAACAAUUACAGCGAGAAGUGUGAUGUGUUCAGCUGGGGCAUCAUUCUCUGGGAGGUGAUCACUCGCAGGAAACCCUUUGAUGAGAUUGGAGGACCAGCCUUUCGCAUUAUGUGGGCGGUGCACAAUGGCACACGGCCACCUCUAAUCAAGAAUCUGCCCAAGCCCAUUGAGAGCCUCAUGACACGCUGCUGGUCCAAAGAUCCCUCUCAGCGGCCCUCCAUGGAGGAAAUUGUGAAGAUCAUGACACAUCUAAUGAGGUACUUCCCUGGAUCUGACGAACCCUUGCAAUAUCCAUACCAGUAUUCAGACGAUGGACAGAGCAACUCUGCUACUAGCACAGGGUCAUAUGUGGAUUACACUUGCACCAGUACCAGCAACAAAAGCGACGCCAACAUGGAGCAUGGUGACUCUCAAGGGAGCAACGACACCAUCAAAAUUACGCCCCAGUUUGCACACCAGUUCAAACCAAAGGGAGACCCAUUGAGGACGCUGCCUCUCUCCAGAGGGGGCAGCGUUGAGAGCCUGUCCGCACGGACACAGUGCCUGGCAUCCUCUGACAGCAAAAGAAUGAGCACCGACCUGUCGGAAUUGGAGCCCAAGAUGCCGUUUGCACCUGCAGCACGCCCCCAGUAUAAACGAGGCCACCGUAAAACGGCAUCAUUCGGCACCAUUCUGGAUGUCCCCAAGAUCGUCGUCACAGCCACCUGUGAGCCUCAGAGACGUCGAUCCGUGCAGGACCUGCCCGGGAUAGGCACAGAGUCCAGCCAGGGAAGCAGGAACAGCAGCAGAUCUUCCAGCCCCAGUGUGAGGAUGAUGCCACCCGAUAAGACGGGCAGCAGAGGGUAUUUCUCCCCCGACGACCCCGCAGACACUAAUGGCUCAGACAACUCCAUUCCCAUGGCGUAUCUCACCCUGGAUCACCAGCUUCAGCCCCUCGCUCCUUGUCCCAACUCCAAAGAGUCCAUGGCUGUGUUUGAGCAGCACUGCAAAAUGGCCCAGGAGUACCUGAAAGUUCAAACGGAGAUUGCCUUGCUGAUCCAGAGGAAGAAGGAGCUCAUCGCCGAACUGGACCAAGACGAGAAGGACCAGCAGAACACAUCCCGUCUGGUGCAGGAGCACAAGAAGCUGCUGGAGGAGAACAAGAGUCUGUCCACGUACUACCAGAAGUGCAAAAAACAGUUGGAACUGAUCCGGGUCCAGCAACAGAAGAGACAGGGCACCUCAUGAUCGGGCAAACGUCCCAACUCACCUCCUGACAACCCCCCCCCCCAACCCCCGCACAUCCAUGUCCUGUACCCCGCCACUACACCCUAUCUCUGCUGUCCAUGGUUCACGCUAGACUGACUUUAAACACACACAAAAUAGACUUGACACUACCCCCUCCUGUCCUCUAUCUAGACUUGACACUACCCCCUCCUGUCCUGGAUCAUAGAUGGCACAGGCAGCCCUGCGUCGUGAAGAGACCCACACUAUACUGUGUCCCCGCAUGUUGUGUUAUAGACCCGUUGGGUUGCUCGACAGGAAAAGGAUGAUAGGAGAGGAUGACAAGUUUCUUCCUUCCCGUCUUUCCAUACAUUUGCACAUCUCCACAGAUUCUCUGUGAUGGCAGACCAAACAAUCACUGCAUCCCAUCCCUUUUCACCCACCGAACCAUGCUGGUGUGUCUUUGUAACCUUACUGGGCGAAGAGAUGGGCUGUGUAUUUAUCUUUCUUUUUUUCCUCUCUAGUUGGAUUUCUUUUUUUGGGGGGUCGGUCUCUGAGCCGUGAGGAACUUCUAAGGCCUUGCGUCGGCUCAGUCUGAUGGCGGGCCAGUGUGGGCGUGUUGUACGUUCUGUGCCGUUUUUGCUCUCAGGGCCUGUGGGUCACCUGGUCAGGUUUGUGUCCUCUCACCACUGUCCUCCAGCAGAGAGAUGACCUUUGACUUGCUCUCCUCAAUGGCCACGGGUCACACGCCCUAGAGAAUGUGAAAAACCGAAAUAGCUUCUACACAAAUUGUGAAAUAACAUGCAGUUUUUUUUUUUUAGGUUUUGUAUUUUUAAGCAUUCUGAGAUCGAUCCAGUCUACAUACCUUCUAACCCUUUUACGCAAAGGAGACCCCCAAAAUCGACAUAUGUAGAUGGUCUCUGGUCACUCCCCAUUAAUAGACGUGGGCAUGAGCCCUUAUAGAGAUGCAUUUACCCGAUGGCUUUCUCAAGGUAUCUGAUGUACCCGAGGGAUGUGUCCCCCGCCCGGCCUCGUGCAUCCGUCACGACAGUGAUCAUGGAUUGGCAAGGCGUUCGCAGUUUACAGGUACCUCGACAGCCACGAACCUGGGUUUGGCCUGAAGCAGCGGGACUUGAGAGAGUCUGUCGUUUGUUUUCAAUCUCCUGGAAGUGACAACACGCUCCCCUUUCACUUGAAACCGGGAGCAAGUCAAAGGGGACUGUUGCGUUACUGAAAGUUCAAACAUCUUAGUAUGACUGCAGUCUUGUUUUGUGUGAUUUAUUUUAUUUUAUUUUUUUGUCUUUUCUAUUAAGUAGUCCACUUUGUAUGAUAGCUGUAGUGUCAUUUGCGCGGUAGAAAAUAUUCUUUUAUGUGUAAUGGGAAUGCCGUUUAGGAAAGAGGAGCGUACGUGUCCGUAUACGGUAAACUGUUUGUAUUUAGUUCACAUGCUGCCUUAGAAUUUGCCUGCAUUUUAAGUGCUUGACUUGUUUUCCGCUCUGUUC